UCUUGAAUGCCUAUGUUGAAUACACUUAUUGUAAGUCUCUUUGGAUAAAAGCAUCUGCUAAAUGACUGUAAUGAAUGUAAUGCAAUGCAAUAAGGCAAAAUGACUAACAACAGCUUGUUUACUUGCACCUAACUGUCACUUUAAAGGUGGACUCUGCUUUUUUAUUCCAAUACAUAUUUUCUCAAAUCAAGCAGCUUCUCUUCACUACUGGCUAUUAUCUGUUCUUGUGUGCGCUUAAAGAAUCUGGAAUAAACAGCCCUCUGUAAAUGGGAAACAAACAAAGAUUUAUGAGCCUUAAUAUCGCUCGCAUUAAUGAAGUCAUCUUCAGCCCCUGUGUCAAUCUUAACUGGUAAAUCGCAUUGAUCAACUGUGGUGCAAUUUAUUUUCACUCCCAGUAUCUUCAUCAUGUGACAAAUCUUGAUAAAAGAUGUUUCUCUCAAAUCAUCACUGUCAUUUAUUUCUUCAACUGUGAGCACCUAAUUCCCUUUCUUCAUAUAUUUGGAGAAAUGCAUUUUUUGCAUAAUGGUGUUGUCCUUUACACCCAAACAUGUUUUCCCUUGAGACAUUGUCUCUGUUUGUGCUUUUCACUGUGAAUCUUGCAAGUGAACGUCUUGUUCUCCUUAUAUAUUAAAACAAGCUCCUGCUUUUUCCUUUCACUGACGCAGCGCCUCAGUGCCUUGGCCCGCUAAUCUGUGUGCAUGUUUAUACACGGCAGUACUUGUUGGGGCACAUAUCUAAACACAUUAUUACACUGAUCCCACUUUAGCUGAAGUUCUACAGGUGUAGUGAAUGUAUGUGCAUGUUCUUCAUUCAUUAACACUCCUUUCUUGUCUUAUGCAGAGUUCUACGAGGAGAUCUUGUCGCUGGCGUUCGGCCUCACCUGUCAGACCAUUUCCCCCCAAAUGUGGCAGCUUCUUGGCGUUUUGUACGAGGUGUUCCAGCACGACUGCUUCGACUACUUCACAGACAUGAUGCCUCUCUUGCACAACUAUGUUACCGUGGACACGGACAUGCUCCUGUCCAACCCGAAGCACUUAGAGGUCAUCUACAGCAUGUGCAAAAAGGUGCUGACCAUAGAUGCCGGUGAGGAUGCAGAGUGUCACGCUGCAAAACUGUUGGAGGUGAUCAUCCUGCAGUGCAGAGGCAGAGGCAUUGACCAGUGCAUCCCUCUGUUUGUGGAGGCAGUUCUGGAGCGUUUGAUGAGGGGGGUGAAGUCCAGCGAGCUGAGGACCAUGUGCCUGCAGGUGGCCAUCGCUGCUCUGUACUACAACCCGGCCCUGCUCAUCCACACUCUGGACAACAUGCACUUCCAACACAACCCUCAGCCCAUCACUGCCCACUUCAUCAACCAGUGGAUGAAUGACACAGAGUUCUUCCUUGGGCUCCAUGACCGUAAGAUGUGUAUCAUUGGCCUGAGCGUGCUGAUGGAGCUGCCCAUUCGGCCGGCAGUGCUGGAGGGAGUCUCCGCCCAGAUUGUCCCCUCCAUCCUGCUCCUGUUCCUGGCCCUCAAACACCUCAACGCCUCCCGCCUUGUCAACAAACCUGACCUGCUGGCCCAUGCAGGGGCACAGGAUGAAGACCAGAAUGAGGAGAUUCCCAGUGAUGAAGAUGAAGUGACUGAGAACCGUAACGCCAUGCAGCAGCAGUCCAGCAUGCCGACGGGCCAGGCCGGCGAGGAUGAGGAUGAGGAUGAGGAUGAAGAUGAGUACUGGGACGACGACUGCUUUGAGGGAACACCGCUGGAGGAGUACAGCACGCCUCUGGACUACGACAACGGAGAGGACGAGUACCAGUUCUUUACCGCCGCCCUGCUCCGGGUCCAGAACACUGAUGCAGCCUGGUACCAGUGCUUGAUAGCUUCGCUCAGCGACGACCAGAAGAAACAGCUGCAGGAGAUCUACAGCAUCUCACAGCAGAGGAGGAGCACUGCUGCCAAGGGCCACUGAGCACGAAGGAGACAGUCUGCAGAAAGAAGAGAGGAGCUGGUCUGACCUGACUUGAAGUGUAUUUCUGAAUUAUCUCAGUCAGGAUCAGACUUAAUGGGUCCCAUCAUAACCAGGUCCCAGGGUGCCAUCAGAAUGGAUGAGAUAUUAGGGGCUGGGUCGGCAUCGUAUCUUUGAACCUGGUGUACUGGAAUAUUCCUAUCACCAGGACGGGACUGCUGGCCUGUGUGUGUGUGUGUGUGUGUGUGUGUGUGUGUGUGUGUG